AUGACUGCCCUUAUUGAUGAUACAAGUGAAUCAAGGGUUAAUGGCAAGACUAGACGUAUUCGUGAUUCGUUGAGUAUCACAAAUUUUGAUGAAUUUAUAGAGAAUGGAGAUUCAAUGCUGAAAGUUGAUACUACCACAAGACAAGGGACUAUUAGAGAAAAUAGAACUACGCCAUCUCCGAAAAAAGCUAUAAAUGAAAAUACUGUCAUUGCACCUGUUAGGUCUAUAUCAUCUAACAGAAAUCAGUUAUCACCAAAAUCAUUGACACCAACGAGAUUGAACAGUUUUGAACAUCCUUUAAGGGAGAAUGAAGAUAGUAAUGAUAAUAAUGCUCCCCUAAUUAGAAAAAAAAUAUCAAGAUCUAACACUAAAAGUAACAGAAGAUCUUUAAUACAACCCAUUGCUGUUCCAAGCUCUCCUAAUAAUGAAUCUAUAAAUGGAGCCAUAUUGGGUGCUUCUCAAUUGAGCCCAAAUCAAGCUAACGACAGAUUAUUUCAAACGCAUAAAAGGAUAUUAAGUAACACAUCGUAUCAUUCCAGACAAAAUUCUUCAAACUCAGUUUUAACAGAUACUAGCAUACAUAACAACAACCCUAUAAACUCAUCAAGGAUAGGGGAAGAUCCAACAAAUGAUAUAAAUACCUUAUUAAAAAAACUAGCAAGCAAAGAACAAGAAUUAUUAGAAAUGAAACAACGAAUUGAAGAUACAAAAAAACAAUUAAUUUCUGAGGAACAAAUGUAUAAUGAUAAUAUUUUAGAACUUAAAGAGCUGAAAGUUUUGGUUUCAAAGCACCUUAAUACCAACAAUGCAACAGUGAUUACAAGUCCAGUUAAGAUUGAAAAUAAUAUUGGCGAUUCGACUAUCAAUAGUAACACACAACUUUAUAUACCUAAAGUGAGACAUUCUAGUGGGACUAAAAUUGGUUUAAGUAAUCUGGAUUCUGAACACAAUGGAAGUCACAUGAACCAAUCUACUGGUUUGGUGAAUGAAGGUAUUGACAAUGUCAAUACUAUCACUGAUUUGCCGAAAAAUCAACCAAGCAAGAGAGUGUCGUCGUGGAAAAAUCCAUUAAGUUUAUUCAAUCAACUGGAUCAAAGAUUGCAACAAGAAGUAGAAAAGAAAUUAUAUGCCGAUACAAACACAGAUCCUCAUCCUGUGGAAGGUAUGGACAGCCAGUCAUUACUUGGUUCUGAAACUUCACAGAUAAAGAAGUCACCUUCAAAGCUCUUUCCUCCCUUGACUGACUCUACUGACGAAUUGGCCUCAGAAAAACAACAAGCUCAAUACUCAAAGUAUAUAUCUGCAGAUGAUUAUGUUUCUAUAAAUGCUGCGUCAGAACAACAACAACAAUCGGGUAGUUCAUUAUGGAAUUUUGUGAGUGGUAUGAAGACUGGUUUGUUAGGCAUUACAGAAAAACCAGAGAGCGGUAUUUACCAAAGAAAUAUGGAUGCAAAGAGGAAUGCUAAAUCCGUAUAUGAUUCGAACAAUAAAGAUCAAUAUUCAAACUCCUCUUCUGAUCUUAACGUCAAUGAUAUUAAACAAUUUAAAACUCCUAAUAAAGUUAAGAGUGUUAUGAAUGAUAUAGAAGAUGUGGAACAGUUGGGAAACAACAAUGACGAAAGCAGUGAUAAUUCAAUCACAACACGCCGUAAUAAAUUUAAAACUAAUGUGUUUGUUGAACUUAAGGACUUCUAA